GAGUUCUGCUGCAGCCCGACGGUUUCUCAGAAUGAAGGUCUUCUGCGUCGUCCUGGUCUGCUGCUGCGCUCCAGCUCUGUGCGACGCAGCGACCUUCAUGAAGACCGUGGGAGAAGACUUCCGGUUCUCGUUCGGCUUCAACCGGUCCCAGACCGGCGCCGGGCUCCUGUGCAGGAACAGCUGCAGGAGCGACGACGUCCUGAUGGUGGCCGAGGGGGGCGGAGCCAAGAGCGGCAGGUACGAAGUCAGGUACGAGGACGGGGAGGACCGAGUGCAGCUGGUGAUCAGAGAGCUGAGGCGCUCCGACUCGGGCCGGUACCGGUACGCAGAGGUCGACUCCGCCUCCCCGAGGCCACACCUGGACUUUGAGAUCCGAGUCAGAGGGAUGUGUGCCGGAGGCGUGAUCUCCGCAGAACCCAGAGUCCACAGCAGCACCGAGGGAGGAAACGUCACGGUCCGGUGCUCCCUGAACGCGGCCCGACGAGACAGGAAGUUCUUCUACAGGACGGACCAGGAGGAGACGCUGGUGGAAGCGUUCGGAGGCCGAGCGGCCAGCAGCAGGUUCAGCAUCCAGCACGACGGCGGCCGGACCUUCAGCCUGACCAUCACGGGCCUGAAAAUGUCCGACUCGGGGCGGUACCGGUGCGGCGUCGGAGGACCGAACGCAUACAACACAUGUCUGGAGUUUGAGAUCCAGGUUUCAGGACCUUUCAUCCUGUCUCGGGUCGGCUGCCUCAUGGUGGUCGUGCUCUUCCUCAUUUUUCUGCUGCUUCUCUACAGCUGGAGGAUGAAGAAGAGCCACAGCCAUCUGAGCAACGAGGAAUCAUGAAGCAGCAGCGACACGGAGCUGAACCAACAGAUCCUGAUCCGGUGUCCUCCUGGUGGACUUGUCUGGUGAAACGUCUCCAGAUUCUCUCCUCCUGUCGUCAGUUUAUUAUUAAUAAUUAAAAAGUUGUUCCUCGUCACCGUGAACUGAUCUGAAUCUGGUUUUUGUAUUUUAAUAAAAACUUCCUCCACAGAAA